AUGAGUCCUUGGAAUGCAACAUUGCUUUUAGUUAAAAAGAAAGCAAACGCAAGUAAGAGAGAAAAGUUCAGAAUAGUAAUUGAUUUCAGAGCACUUGACGAAGUAGCUCGAAAUGAAUAUCACCCACUUACAAAUGUAACAGAAAUCCUUGAUCAGUUAGGUCAAUGUCAGUUAUUUAGCGUUAUAGAUUUAGCAUUGGAAUUUUACAAAAUACUUUUGGCAGGCUCAUCACGUGAGUUAACGGCAUUUUCUACUAAUUACAGAUAUAUAUUUUUUUAAACGAAUGGCAGUGGGAAUGAAAACUUCACUCGCCACUUUCCAAAGACUUAUGAAUAAUGUAUUAGCAAAAAUAAUAGGUAUUACAUGCUUAGUGUAUUUAGACGACAUAAUCGUUUACAGGAAAAAUUUAAUCGACCAUAAUAAUAAAUUACGCGAAGUAUUCAAAAGAUUAAGAAAUAAUAAUUUAAAAAUCCAACCCGAUAAAUGUGAAUUUUUAAAAAGAGAAUGUGUGUACUUAGGAUACAUAUAACUGAACACUGAAUAAAACCCGAUACAAAAAAGAUAAAACCCGUUUUAGAAUUUCUGGUACUCAAAAAUGUAAAAGGAAUUAAAUCAUUUUUAGGUUUGUCAGGGUAUUAUCGAAAGUUCAUAGAAUCGUAUAGCACAAUCGCAAAACCGAUAACAAAUUUAUUAAAAAAGGACAUAAAAUUUGAAUGGAGCAAAACUUGUCAGAAACCUUUCUUUAAAUUAAAUAAUGUUUUAUGUUCAGAACAUAUAUUAAAAUAUCUAGAUUUUAAAAGACCGUUUAUAUUAACAAUAAACGCGAGUAAUAAGGUGCUAGGAAUAAUAUUAUCUCAGGAAGAAGUAGCAAAAGAGUUACCUUUAGCUUACGCGUCAAGGACUUUAAAUAAAAGCGAAAAUAAUUAUAGUACAACGGAAUAA